GAGACCGUAGAACUUACAUCUCAAGGUGGGUGGCACAUUUACGUUGUAAAUGUCUGUGGGUUCCACUUAACCACUUAACACCAGGUGGACAGUGAGCUCAUCCAGCCAUCUAAGCAAAAAAAAAUCAUCUCGUCUCACACCUAUGGUCUAGCUCUAGGAUUAGGUCUUUUCUCAGACACUUACUUUUAACGAAUUGGGCACUUCUCCCUUUGCCAAUCUAAUAAACCAAUCAACCAAAAAAUGUUGUUAUCAAUCAAAUAUUAUUUACAAUUUAUUUGAAACAACAUUUAGUAUCAGCAAGUUCGAACUGCCUGAAAUGUAUCAUUAAUAAAAAUGAAGGUUUUUAAUUUAACUUUUGUCCGCUCAUUAUCUCACGUGUGUAGCUUAAAACCUUAUAAAGAUACAAAAUGGCUUAUGCCGAAUGGAAACCCUACAGGUAUUUACGUUUAUAAUUGUAUUGCGAACCAACGGGUGCCAAUUAUAUUAAAUGAUCCUCACAUCGCUACCUGGUAUUCUUGUGGCCCCACGGUAUACGAAUCUGCUCACAUAGGUCACGCCAGCUGCUAUGUGAAACUCGAUAUCAUACAGAGAAUUCUCAAAUCGUUCUUCAAUAUAAAAAUCGUCUCCGCUAUGGGUAUUACGGAUAUAGACGACAAAAUCAUUAAGAAAGGCCUCGAAAGUAAAACACACUUCACAAAUAUUGCUAAACAAUAUGAGCAUGAAUUCUGGCUUGAUAUGGCAUCAUUGAAUGUAGCAAAGCCACUCAUCAUAACGAGGGUAUCGGAACACAUUAAUAGUAUUGAGAAAUUCGUACAGAGGCUUAUUGAUAACGACAUGGCUUAUGUAAGUAAAAACGGUUCAGUAUAUUUUGAUACCGAUAAAUUCUCAAACUAUGGCAAAUUACAAAAAAUGCAAGACAGUGGUGAACCAUCAGAUGAUGAAAAAAGAAAUAAAAUGGACUUUGCUCUUUGGAAAAGUCACAAGCCCGAGGAACCCUAUUGGGAUACCCCCUGGGGUAAAGGCAGACCUGGCUGGCAUAUAGAAUGUUCUGCAAUGGUCAGCAAAGUAUUUGGAUCACAAUUAGACAUCCAUGCUGGAGGAGUAGAUCUACAAUUUCCUCAUCAUGAGAAUGAAGAGGCACAAUCAUGUGCAUACCACAAUAUACGACAGUGGGCUAACUAUUGGAUUCAUGUUGGUCAUUUAAAUGUUAUUGGUGAUACCAAAAUGUCCAAAUCACUACAAAACACUAUUUCAAUACCUGACUUAUUGAAAUCAUAUAAUGCAGAUACAUUCAGAAUGGCCUGUUUGUUAACAAACUACAGGUAUUCAAUGGAAUUCAGUAAUCAGCUUAUGGAAACCGCUGAAAGUGUUUUAAAUAAAUUUAAGUUUUUCAUAACAGAUGCUACUAUUUAUAUAAAUAACAAUGCAACAUCGGUUAGUGCCGUUUACUCAGAUCACAUAUUAAAAAACCUACAGAAAACAGAGGAGGCCAAUUUUGAAGCUUUGAAAGUAGAUUUUGAUACAGCAACUUGCAUAAAUAAUUUGUUAACAUUACUUUCGGACACAAACAAAAUUAUAAAAUCAGAUCCGUGUGAAUAUUGUCCUGUCCCAGUGACAUUGAUAGUUGAAUACAUAGUUGAUAUUCUUACAAAAUUUGGAUUGAAACUUCAAGAGAGUGAGGACACUGUUUUAUCAAACGCAAUGAUAAAUACUAUAGUUGAAUUUAGACAUUCUGUACGAUUGAAUGCAAUUUCUAGCAAAAACUAUGAACUAUUGAGCGCAUGUGAUAUUGUCCGUGAUAAAAUGAAAUCAAUGAAAGUCCAAAUCAAUGAUAGUCAUAAGACUCCAUCUUGGGUUAUAACCAAAUAAUGCAACUAAUGUAUGUAUAUCAGCUUUACCAAAAUAAGGUGUGCAUAGUAAGUUAGUAGAUCAUGUAACAUAAUGUAAGCACACAUUUUCAUAGUUUUGUUUCAUGUGUAAUAAUAAAAUGUCAUUUUCAAUUAAUUGUUAUCCCAGUGAAUCUGAUAAGUGGAAGAUCUGGACUUACUGAGCAGUGACUGAACUGGAUGGUUGUUUUCAGCGUUCAUGCUGGUUUGUUUUUCGAAAAACAUUCAAACAGAAUGAACAUUUCUGAAAAUCAAAAGUUAUAACUCUAAUUAGAUUCUGUAUCUGCAGAUUCAAGUAAAACCCAGAUUAAUAAAAUAUUUUCUUUUUAAUUAUUAAAAGAAAAUAUUUUAUGAAUAAUAUUAUGAAUGUCAAUUCUCGAGGAGCUAAACGUCAAGACCCGUCUAUCUACAAUCUGCAUGCAGCGUCUCCUCAAGUACUUCGGACACGUGGCCUGACAAAAUCCCGAGAACUUGGAAAAAUUAAUAGUUGUAGGUCACGUGGAAGGAAAGAGAAGUCGAGGAAGAUUGCCAACCAGGUGGACGGACAUUAUCAAGGAGGCCACAAACACCAGCGUCCCGGGCGCCAUUAAGCAGGCCGAAUGCAGGCAGCAUUGGAGGAAGCUGGUGCAAAAACUGGACCAAGGUGGUCACGACCCUCAGCAAUGAGGAAACGACAGAGAAGAAGAAGAUUAUGAAUGUAAACCAAUCAUUGUGUUACACUAAAUAAAAGCAUUCAGUAUGUCUUAUUAUAUUAUCAUAUGAAUGACUGGGAAUUAUUGACUAAAGUGUGAGCUAUGAGACUAGUGGCUCAAUGGUGAAUUUUGUAGGGAUUGUUACAUUGUAUCAAUAAAUAAUAAAACAACAUAA